AUGGACUACAGGGCACCCGAGACCCUGAACAAUGGAGUGGGUGGGCAGCGCCCCGGGCACCGAGUCGUUAGAACUGGCUGCCAACCCCCACCCUAUCUUUGCGGGUGGGGAAGGCGCAGUCCACCUCUCCUCCAACCGACACUGGAGCUCCUGAGACCACUAUGGGGGCUGGAGAGGUCAGGAAGGCAGGGGUGGGGGCUGGGACAGCUGCGUCUCUGCUGGGUUGGGUGCAGACAAACCCCGUUCCUCCUUCAGCAGUGGCAGCGGAGGCAGCAGCAACAGCAGCAGCAGACGGCUUGUGAGUUGCAAGAACAAGCUGCCGCCUCCGGGGCGCUUCGCACUCCUCUCCUCCAGGAUUCGGAGUCCCUCUCUCUGCUGCUGCGGCCGCCGCCACUACCCUGGACCCAUCUCCCGGGUCCCUUCAACCCCGGAGCGAACAGCAUCCUACAGACAGCCCCCCGGACCUCCCCUGGGCGCGAUCUCGUCAGUUUCAAGGGGGGUCAAGGAAAAAAAAAAGACAUCGGAUUUUCUCCCUUCUUUCCUUUUUGGAAUUUGGCUUUAGGCUACCCGUGUCUCCCUUCUCCCUCCCUCCAACACCGAGACCUCCUCCACCCACCCACACAUUUGGAUUUUUUUUUUUUUGGAAAUGGCCCGGGCAGCGGCUCUUGGAAGAGGAACAAGUGUGGGAAAAGAGAGAGGAAACUGGAGCUAAAUGACAGGAUGCAGGCGACUUGAGACACAAAAAGAGAAGC